CAUCCUGGUCUGCACAAUACUGAAAAUGAAAACCCUUACCAAAUACUGUCUCUUCUUUUUGGUCCUCACCAUUUCUUCUCCUCCCUCUGAUGCAAGCAAGGUCUAUGUCGUGUAUAUGGGGAGUUCCAGAGGGAAAUCAGCUUCAUAUCACACUGCAAGUCAUGUAGAACUUCUUAAUUCAGUGAUAGGAAGGGAGGAGAAGAUCCCGAGGCCCUUAAUCUACAGUUACAGAAAUGCAUUCUCUGGGUUUGCUGCACAUUUAUCUGAGACAGAAGCAGCUGCAAUCGCCAAAAAACCAGGAGUUGUGUCAGUGUUUCCCGAUCCAGUUUUUGAGCUUCAUACUACCAGAUCAUGGGAUUUUUUGCAGGUUGGGGUAUCUGAAGAUGUGUAUCACAGCUCAAGCUCUGAAUCAUCCAGCAGUGGUGCAGACACUAUAAUUGGCAUAUUGGAUACAGGAAUUUGGCCUGAGUCCCCUAGUUUUGCUGAUAAAGAUAUGCCUCCAGUUCCUUCUCGUUGGAAGGGAGUCUGUAUGACUGCCAAAGAUUUCAGUGCCUCUAAUUGCAACAAGAAGUUGAUUGGAGCUAGGUACUACAAUGAGGAGUCCAAGGUAACAGCAUGGACAACAGACCAAACACCGAGGGACAGUAUUGGCCAUGGAUCUCAUACAUCCUCCACUGCAGCAGGUGUUGCAGUUCCUGCUGCCAGCUACCAUGGCCUGGCGACAGGAACGGCGAAAGGUGGAUCACCAACGUCUAGACUAGCAAUCUAUCGAGUUUGCACAUCUGAGGGAUGCAAAGGCUCUGCAAUCCUAGCUGCUUUUGAGGAUGCCAUUACUGAUGGAGUCGACCUACUGUCCCUCUCGCUUGGAGCCUCCCCUUAUUUCAGACCAGACUUUGACAGUGAUCCUAUAGCCAUUGGUGCAUUCCAUGCGGUAGAAAAUGGGAUAGUGGUUGUGUGCUCAGCAGGGAACAGUGGGCCAGCACCCGGAACUGUUGUUAAUACAGCACCAUGGAUACUAACUGUUGGUGCGACUACAAUUGACAGAGACUUUGAGUCAGACUUAAUUCUAGGUGAAGAAAGCAAUGCAGUCAUUAAGGGUGAAGCGAUAAACUUUUCCAAGCUUGAUAAAUCUCCCAUUUAUCCAUUAAUAUACGGUGAAUCUGCUCCUGCUAAUACAAGCACCAAAGAUGAUGCAAGAAAUUGCAACCCAUAUGCAUUGGAUGGAGAAAAGGUAAAAGGGAAAAUUGUCCUAUGUGAACAUUCAGAUAGAGGUUACUCUAAGACGCAGAAGCUAUUAGGAGUUAAGGGGAUAGGUGGCGUUGGAUUAGUCUUGAUAGAUGAUCCUGAAAUCCAUGUUGCUGCUGUUUAUGGGAAUUUUCCCAUGACCGUGAUCUCUUCUUCAGAUGCCAGUUCCAUCUUCUCAUAUCUCAACUCCUCCAAAAAUCCAGUAGCAACAAUUUUACCUACCGUCACAGUCAACAACUACAAGCCUGCUCCUCUAGUCGCAUAUUUUUCAUCAAGAGGUGCUUCUACUCAAACCAGGAACAUCAUAAAGCCAGAUAUAGCAGCUCCUGGCGUAAGCAUACUCGCGGCAUUCAUACCAACAAAUGAUUCAUCUUUGGUUUCUGCAGGGGAGACACCUUCCAUGUUCAAUUUGCUUUCAGGAACUUCAAUGGCAUGCCCACAUGUCACUGGAGUUGCUGCUUCUAUCAAAUCUCAGAAUCCAACAUGGAGUCCUUCAGCUAUAAGAUCUGCAAUCAUGACUACAGCAACUGAAACAAACAAUGAAGGAAGCACUAUUCACACAGACGCAGGUUCACCAGCCACACCUUACGAUUAUGGAUCAGGAGAAGUUAAUCCAUCAAAGGCAUAUAGACCUGGACUUGUCUAUGAAGUCACAAUGGAAGAUUAUUACUUAUUCCUCUGUAACUAUGGGUACUCGUCCGACACCAUCAAGAAGAUUUCCGGAAAGCAGACUGGCUAUAACUGUCCAUCAGAUUCCAGCAAAGAUUCAAUAUCUAACCUGAAUUACCCUUCCAUUGCCGUCUCCAAGUUCAAUGGAACUGAAAGAACAGUGAAGAGGCGUGUCACUAACGUGGGCAUUGGCGAUGAAGAAACUACCUACACUGUCAAUAUCUUGUCUCCAGCUGAACUCAAGGUAGCAAUCUCCCCUAGCACACUGCAGUUCAGAGCAGGUACCAAGACGCUCAGUUAUGAAGUUUCAUUCUCUUCAAGCUCCGGCACACCAAACCAUGAUAUGUUUGGAUCCCUCACUUGGACAAAUGGGAAGUACACUGUUAGAACUCCCUUCGCUGUCAGCAAUAACUGAAGGCAGAACAAUAUUUCCAUCACGUCCAAUGUAAUUUCUGAAUAAAUAAACUAGAACCAGAGAAAACCUAGAAUAGUUAUAGGAGCCAAGCUCCGCUCAUACAUGAGUUUCCACCCAAAAGAAAAAAGAAAAAAAAAAUCUAAUGUAAUCAAUCCAAUGUCACCACUAGUUAGUUAUUUGUCAAUAAAAAGGUCGGAGCGCAUGAUAGUCAA